AUGUAUCAUUAUUCCAGUCCACCACAAGGGUGGUCUACCUACGACUACUCUCAGUCGCCACCCACCUCGCCAUACUACGCUCAAUACGCCUCACAAUAUGCCAACGCCUACACAUCACCACGGGGCACUUCGCGACGGCAUACCCGCAAGGCCAGCUACACGGCCACCAAAGAACCGUCGUACUAUGGCUACCCACCGCAAUCCUACUAUGAGACGACGCAAGACCAGGGCAUUCCGCCGCUGCCGCGCAAGCACGAUCAUGUAAGUGCUUCUAACGCGGGCCCGCCCAAACACCGUCGCAACCAUACGGCCGGUCAUCCUGCGGGGGAUGGCCUCGGACCCAACUCGCAAUCGCAGCAACGACCCAUCUUUGUAGAUGUGGUUGACGAUGCAUUCGAUGUUCGCUACGCCUUUUACGGGCCGAAACCACGCCCUGGCCGUCCCCCGGCAGCAACGACCCACAAACAAGAUGGCCCUGGCACUGGCCACCAUCGUCGCAACGCGUCAACUGCUCAUCGCAAACCAAACCCAGCCGCUGAUUCUCAUUUUUACUUCAACCAGGUUCCUAACUACGACGAUGUCGAGGCAGCUCGUCGUUCAUCCCGUGCCCGUCGUCAGUCCACAUCAACUCGCACACCUAGCAAGCCCAAGCCAGCCCCCGCCACUAAACCGCCACCCACCGCCACCGAGGAAGACGCUGAGCGCGCCGGAAUUCCACCUGGGUACUCGAUCAAAAACUGGGACCCUACCGAGGCACCUAUUAUUCUCCUCGGUAGUGUCUUCGAUGCCAGCUCACUCGGUAAAUGGAUCUACGAUUGGACGGUCUUCCAUCACGGCGCAUCAACUCCCAUGGCCGACGUGGCAGGUGACCUGUGGCUGCUGCUGAUCAAACUUGCGGGCAAGGUUAAGCGAGCGGACGAAUGUCUUCCGCGCAUCAAAUGUAUCGAGUCGCAGGAAGUCGUCGAGGACUUCCUCGAAAGUGGCGACCGACUCUGGAGCCGAUUCAAGAAGUUGCUCAAAGGCUGUGAGCUUUUCAUGUGGAAGGCCGCUAAAAGGGAAAGUGGUGGCAAAGGUGCUCCCGUCUCUAUGGGGCGCAAUGCAGGCUGUGAAUUCGUCGAAUCAAUCUUCGGCCGCGACCGCGAACUCGAAAACACCGAGAAAUUGAUGAACAGCAUCCGGCUGUGGAACAUGCGAUUCGACGCCAACUGCGAAGAAAUUCUACGCCGACCGUCUGCUAUCUAG